AUGGACGCACGGAUGCAUCGGCGGGAGCUGCAGGCACAGCUUUCUGUUCCUCCAGUAAGGGCGACGCUUGCGGAAGUGCGCGGUUGCGACAGCGACCCGGUUGAGGGUGUCCCCACGGCGCUGGAGGCCCUUCUAGGGCGGCUCACAGCCACAGACGACGCCAAAGAGCGCAUGCGGUGGAUGAUUGGUGAGCGGCGUCUGUUGGAGCUGGGGGCGGCGCUGGAGCCCCUGUCCGCGGAUCAGCGGAAGGGGGAGAACCGGGUUAUGGGCUGUACGGCGCAGGUGUGGCUCACGGCGAGGCUGGACGGGGCCACGGGGCGAUUGCAUUUCCGAGGAUGGAGUGACAGCGAGAUCAGCCGUGGCCUUGUGGCGCUGCUCGUGGACGGACUCAGUGGCUGUACGGCAGAGGAGGUGCUCCAGGUGGCCCACGUCGACGCCGUGACUGCGCUUCAAGUCAUUAAGUCAUUGUUGCUCCCCUCCUCCGUCCUUCAACAACGGCUGGCUGGCGUACUGGGCCCCGGUGUGCUGACGCCGGGUCGUACGAACGGCUUUGCCAAUAUGAUUGAGUCCGCUAAGAAGCGGGCUCGGCUGCUGGCGUUACCGCACACCAUGGCGGUGUUCCCCGCAUUGAGGAUUACGUCAGACUCCCUGGAGCCUCAGGGCGCUUUUGCGGAGGCACAGGCUCGGUAUCUGCGGCCUGACCAGCAGCAGGUGACCCAGUUGGCCGACCUGCUGCUGGAGAAGCGCAUCGGUGUGGUGGCGCACUUCUACAUGGACCCGGAGGUGCAGGGGGUGUUGAGUGCGGCGGGGGAGCUGUGGCCCCACGUGGCGAUCAGCGACUCGCUGGUGAUGGCGGAUACGGCAGUACGGAUGGCGGAGGCGGGCUGUAGGUCUAUCUGUGUGCUUGGAGUUGACUUCAUGAGUGAAAACGUGCGAGCUAUUCUGGACGAGGCAGGCCAUGUCGAUGUCCCGGUGUACCGAUUAGCCGAGGAGGAUAUCGGCUGCUCGCUGGCGGAGGCGGCGGAGGCGGAUACCGUCCACGUCGUGUACAUCAACACCUCCCUGCGCACCAAGGCACUUGGUCAUGCACUUGUACCCACCAUCACCUGCACAUCGUCAAACGUGGUGCAGACCGUCCUGACCGCCUUCGCGCAGGUCCCCGACGCGACCGUUUGGUACGGCCCGGACACCUACAUGGGCCGCAACCUGGCGCAGCUGUUCAGCGACCUGGCCGCCUCAGCCAGCGAUGAAGAUGUACGGCGAUUACAUCCGGCACACACCGUGGAGAGCAUCCGCGCCUUGCUGCCGCGGUUCCGGUACUUCGACAACGGCACGUGCAUAGUGCACCACAUCUUUGGUGGAGAAGUGGCGGAGCUUGUACGGCGGGCGUACGGCGACGCCUACCUUGCUGCCCACUUUGAGGUGCCGGGGGAGAUGUUCGGACUGGCCAUGGAGGCCAAGCGCACCCGGGACAUGGGUGCCGGUGGGUUCCACGUCGAACAUCCUGGACUUCAUUGCCGACAAGGUGGCCACCGCCCUCUCUCAGCCCAGUCCCGAGCGGCUGCAGUUCGUGCUGGGAACGGAGGCAGGCAUGAUCACCUCUAUUGUGCGGAAGGUGCAGGGCAUGCUGCGAAAGUCGGGCCGCAAUGAUGUGGAGGUGGAGAUUGUGUUUCCCGUGGCCCCCUCCGCCAUCACCACUACCCGCCAGCAAACCAGCUCGGGGCCCGUAGAGCUGCCGGGGGGCCUGGAGGUUGUGCCAGGCGAGUCUCUGCUGUCCGGGUUCAAGCCCCGCACCUACCAGGACGACGCCCUGGUGGGCGGCAAGACUCUGGCGGCGGCGGGCUGUGUGCCCAUACUGCACAUGCGGCACUUCCAGAAGCACAAGAGCUUCAGUGGCACAGGGCAGUUCAGCAAGGGGGGGAUGAGCAGCGGGAAGAGCAGAGUGUGGAGGCCGGGGGGCCGGGGCUAGGUCCGAGAGCAGUCCUGUCCAUUAAUCGGUACGUACUUACGUAUGUAUGUAUGUGGGUGUAUGUGUAUGUGGGUGUACUUGCCCCCACGGUGCUGCGUUAUUCACAUAUUAGGGCGAGGGGGAGAUGUGGAGAGAGGUGGUGCGUGCUGUAUUUGGAUUUAAGGGUUGGACAGAGGUCCUCCAGGGAGGCCUAAAUGAAGUGUUACAUAAGCACACAGAAAUGGUCAGUGGUGCGGGGUAGAUUGCAAUUGUGAUGUGAAAACGAAGAUGAGGUGUCGGGGAAAGGAGGGAGAGGCAGAUGCCGGGACGUGCGUGUAAGCGAUCACCGGGGAUGUGUAUGUGUGCGUGUGUGUGUGUGUGUGUGGUAGAACUGUACUCGUAAUGUUUUCGCAUUUCUUUCACCCCUUAACGUGCAAGAUAGUACCUUAACUUACCUCAUUAUCACGGCAUGAAUUUGGCGGCUGGAGUACUUAUACAUAUACAUACAUACCACCACUGUAAUGAACACGUGGAC